AUGAAUACACUAUUCGAUGAAGACCUUGUGAGAGAAUAUUCUGUAAUUGGAAUUCGUCUUAUACACUUAUCAUCAAAUGAAUUUAUCGAUGACUUAUUGAAAUCUUUAAAUAACGAAAAUGCUAUAAAAGCUUAUGAAAUAUUAAAAAUAUUGACACAAUAUGCUUUGGAUGAAAAAAUUGAUGCGCAUACUAAAUCAAAAAUAAUGAAUUAUUUGGCAAAAGAAAUUGGAGAAUUCAAAUCAAAGAAGCCAACCAAUUAUUAUUAUACAGAUAUUAAAAUUCCGUUUACAAUUACAACAACAUUGGAAAAUGAAUUAUACAAAGCAUGGAUUAAAAUACAAGGACUCUCUGGUAAGGGCGUUUUAACAACAUUACAACAACCAAAAGUACAAUAUAUCGUAUAUGUAAAAACUCGUUUAGGUCGACUUGAUAAUCGAAUGUUUAUGAUUGCUAGUGCUUAUGAUCUAGCUCGUCUUCAUUUUUGUCAUCUUGAUCUUUCUCCUCUUCUUAUUUCAACAAUCAUGUGCAACUCACUCAUUCACAAUACUUCAAAAUCAAUAACUACAAUAGGAAAAUGUGUUGUUUGUCAAUAUCUUCCUGAGCCGACACGUUCAAAUGCAAUUUUACCAGGACACAUAUUUGAAUUACGUGGUUAUUGGCAAUCAUAUCUUCAUUUUGCUAAAUAUGGUGAAGAUAUUCGAGGACGUAUAUUCGCUGCAAGAUAA